AUGGAGUCUGUCUCCAGACGAUGUAUGAUCGACAUUGCUUGUGAUUUGUGUCGUGAUUGGAAAAAGUUUGGUUACGUAAAUGGCCUGUCAAAGGAAGUUGAGCAAAUUGAUCAAGAUUACAGGAAAAAUGUGUUUGAACAGGCGUACAGAAUUCUACAAGCUUGGAAGCAAAAAAAUGGACCCAGGGCAAAUUAUCAAGAGCUAGGAAAAUCGUUUAGAUCAGGAACACUGCUACGCAUUGAUUUAGCUGAAAAAUAUUGUGAAGGGAGAAAUCAAAGCCCCUCUACAACAGGUAAUCGGUAGAUAAAUGUCCUCCAUAUUACAUGAAGCUAGCCUGAGCAUGAUAUGAAGAAUAUGCGGCCGAGUGGAUUCCCCCCGGGAGUGGAUUAUAGUAACAGCCUUCUCAAUAUGCAAAAUUCUUCAUAUCAUGCUCAGCCCCAGUUACGAUAAAAUUGUUAAGUAUAGUAAUUAUGCCAAACUUUCUUCCCUUUUAUUCUCUAAUAUCCUGAAUCACUAUCUUCAACCAUCUACUGAUUGUUUUCAUUUCAAUUAUACUUUAAAUAUUAUUUACAUAGGACUUCAGCUAAUAAUGUAUAAAGUUUGUUUUGGUUCUUUUUUGUUUGUUUAUUCUUUUUUCUUUAGGAUUUCUUAUAGGUUUCCCCUAUAAGUAUGUCUGAACUGCCACUGUACUCUUGUCUGGUAAACUCGUGUAAAAACUACUUGUGUAUUUUUUAUUAUUAUUUUAAUUUGGUGAAAUCAAAAUUACAUCCUCGAUCUACACAUCUUGGAUGGGAGGACACUAAAUUGGGUGACAGCAAAUCAAAACAGCUUUCAACCGAACAAGGACUGUGGGUGCAUUAAGGUGGUAGGAAGAGAUAAUAGUCUCUUCUGGGAAAUGACUCUACACAAUUUCAUAUAUUUUUUUAUUACUGUUGCCUUUUUUUUCUAGGAAGUGUAACCCGCGAGGCAGGUGCAAGAAAAGGGAGGAAAGCAAGAAAGGGAAAAGCAAAAGGGAAAAAAAAUAAAGGGAAAGGGGGCAGUCCUCUUUCCUUCUCUCCCCAAUCCCCUCUUCCUUUUCCCCUCCCUCCCCCUCUCCUUUUGAAGCCUCCUACACAGAUAUCAGAACUGUUCAUUUACUUUUGUUUUACAAUCUUAGAGAAGGGUCAUUUGAGGACUGGAAAGGUGUCAGACACCGAUAUAGUGGCAAUUUCAAAUGAGCUUGGUAUUAAGUGGAUAUGGGUUGGACGGUUGCUUGGGCUGGAGGACACUGAGCUUGAUGAUAUUAGAGAAAAUAAUGGGAGUCACUACGAAUGCUCUCACAAAAUGCUGCUGUCCUGGACACAAAGAAGUACAUCCCAGGCAACAUAUGAGUGGCUUGCCCAAGCAUUAAGCCACACAGCAGUAGGCAGGGGUUUAAUUGCUCAAAAGUACUGCAUUGAAGAUGUUGGAGAGUCCCAAGGAGGUAUUACUAUGAACAUUAUGUGAUUAAAAUUAUGAGUGACAAAGGAGAUAAGCAAUUAAUAAGCACUUAUCAGUGUACAUGCAAUUUAGGAGAAAGCAGAUGGAUGAAAAUGAGACUGCAGAAGAAAAGAAAAGUUCUUAGGUCAUCUUAACCUCGUUCAUCCGUCCCUAUGGAACAUGCAAGCGAGAGAUGGGACGGGUAGGGAGAGAACCCUGGGAACGAGCUUGAGGUCAAUCUCUCUAGUACAUUUGUAAGAGAAGCCGUGAAAGGGGUGGAUUGGGGCCAACCAUACAAACUAAUGCAAAAGUCACAAGACAAGUUCUAAUAACAAAUAAUCAACUUGUCAUCGGCCGGACAUUUUAAUUAUUAAAUCAAGGUGACCUUAAUCGUACACCAGCCUCUCUCCUUUGCAGAGGCCAUGUUGUGUCACUAUGAAGCAGUGGAGCACGGGCCUGACUGCAUGUGAGGUUACUACAUAGGUCGUGCAAUACUGGUCAUACUGAUAAGUGAAUGCCCAAGUUUGAGAGCAGUCAUUGGACCUUAUAAACACGGCCACUUGCCUGAGAGAGUUGAUCUAAAUUUUUAUCUAAGGUACUCCAUACCAUGCCUGUGGACUGCCAUUAAUUUUUACUGAGUACUUCGACCACCAGAAGAUUUUAAUGGCAGCCAAUCCUCCAUUUUGAGAGAAGCAAAAAGGAGUACAGAUAGAUGGAUAAGGGAUAGUAGUUUCUUUUAGUUUCCCUUGCACUAAUUAUAAUACCACUAAUUGGUUAACUGGUCAAUAGCCAUGGCUUAGGUGGCGUUUAGCCUUGUUAAGAUUAUACGUUGUGUCAAUCUUAGGUGCAGCUGUUCCUCUUGGGGGAGAAGACAUUCAGCAACUUAAUAAAAAAAUGGAGACAUUACAAGUCUGCAAUCCGACAGAAGGAGCAAGUAAGCUUGAUGAUGAUGGAGAAGGGAGUGUUGAAAAAAUGAAUGACAGUGCAAUAGGUUUGUAAGUGUUUUCUCCAUAAUUUGUAAUUUCCUUGUAAUUUAGGUGUGUAUUUGAGGAAGCAGGAAAUUUUUGGGAGAUUGUUAACAUUUUGCAUUAUUCUGUCUCGUGCAUUUUAACACAUCAAUAGCUGCCACGAACAAGACCCCCAUAGUGGGGGUUCAUUGGGCUGCCGACUGCACGAUGCAGUGGUUUAAUAUUAAGGGAAAUAUAUAUUAGGGCCAUUUCCAAAACAAAUUUCCUUCCCCGGAAACUCCCUUCCCCCCAAAUAUUGCAUGACAGUAUAACGUGACUAGAUUGAUCUGUUGCUGACUGUGAAAAACAGCUGAAAAAAAAAAUAUGGAAGAUGACACUGUAAGAAAGCAAGCCCUAGAGUUAAUGCAUGUGAAUGUUGUUCUAAUUUGCUUUUCACGAAGCUCUUACAAGACUGGCACCAAUUUUGUUCACUUACAAUAAUUUUACCUACUGCAAAUUUUGAUUUAAUCGCUGUUUUCAUGAGCAGAGUAGCUUUACAAAUUAUUCAAAGAGCUCAGCAUUUUGUUUUACCCUGAUGCAUAUACUUUCGUGCCUUUCAAAAUUGCUCAAGUCUACCAACCUCUAGCAAUCCUUCUUCUACUUCUUAUCAUUGUCAUCAUCAUCACUGUGCUUACUAGGUUCAAGAAACCCUCUACCGGUGCCAGAUAAUUGCAUACAAAAGAAGUUUAUUACCAAUCUGCCUUAUAAGGUAUGGGGAGCCUUGGUUGUCAAGCUAGACCCCCCACGCGAAUUAGGAGGAGACUUCAAAGAUCUCGCUGGCGAAAUGGGAUUUAACACGGAUCAGAUAUUGUAUUUCAAAUCACUGAAGAAUCCCACAGAAACUGUUCUAAAGGGUUGCUCCUCACGUUCUAUAGAGGAUCUUUGUAACAAGCUGGAUGUGAUUGGACGAGGGGAUGCUAGGUCGGAGAUUGAUAAAUGGAUCAAGACACAAGAUUGUAAAUGUGCAUUAUGCGCAACCACGAGUUAACCCUCGAGUUAUUAGGGAAGGUAACUUGCAUUUUGAUGGGGACUCUCCUCAUUUAAGACCUACAUGUCAUGACUUUAAUACCAGCUUGAAAAAUUUGGGGCAUACUACAAACCCAUUUUUUUAAACUCGCAAGUCUCACCAUUGAAGACAAAUUAGAAAGC